AUGCCUUCAACUCACAAAAAACCGAAGCCUUGGGACACAGAUGACAUUGACAAAUGGAAGGUCGACACCUUCACUCCCAAGGAUAAUGCUGCCGGCGCAUUCCUCGAAGAGAGUUCCUUUGCCACCCUCUUCCCCAAAUACCGCGAAGUCUAUCUGAAGGAAGCAUGGCCUCUGGUUACUCGCGCCCUCGAAAAACACGGAAUCGCCUGCACGCUCGAUUUGGUUGAAGGUUCUAUGACCGUCAAAACGACUCGUCGAACGUAUGAUCCCGCCGCCAUUCUCAACGCACGCGACCUCAUCAAGCUCCUGGCUCGCUCCGUCCCCGCCCCUCAAGCUAUCAAGAUCCUCGAAGAUGGUGUUGCCUGUGAUGUGAUCAAGAUACGCAACUUGGUCGGAAGCAAGGAAAGAUUUAUUAAGAGGCGACAAAGAAUCCUUGGACCCAACGGUUCAACACUCAAAGCGCUCGAAUUGCUCACAGAAACAUACAUUCUGGUCCACGGAAACACAGUUUCCGUUAUGGGGCCCUACAAGGGCCUGAAAGAGAUUCGACGUAUCGUGGAAGACUGCAUGGCAAACAUCCAUCCAGUCUAUGGAAUCAAAGAACUGAUGAUCAAAAAAGAGCUUGCAAAGGAUCCCGAGCUCGCCAACGAGAGCUGGGAUCGUUUCCUUCCCAACUUCAAAAAGAGGACUCUCAGCCACCGGCGUGUUCCCCACAAGGUCACGGACAAGGCCAAGAAGACAUACACACCAUUCCCUCCAGCUCCCGAAAAGAGCAAGGUGGAUAAGCAAAUCGAGACUGGCGAGUAUUUCUUGGCCAAGGGCGACAAGAAGCGUGCUUUACACGAGGAGCGCAAGGAGAAUCAGAGCAAGCGAAAGGAGGAGAAGGCAAAGGAGCGAGAGGCCGAGUUUGUCCCACCGCAAGAGGGACGUCCCAAGAAGAAGCGCAAGAAGACGGAAGAGUAA